CCAUCUUCACACGCUAUUCCAUCACCCCCAAAUAUCAUCGCCCCUUCAUUUUCUUCAACUCAUUCCCUCAAAACCCUAGCUCAAAUCCCUCUUUUAACUCCAUCAAUUCUUCACAAUUUCACACAAUCGAUUUCAAAUCUCAACUGGGUAUGUCUUCAAUUUCAUCUUUCCUUUAACUUUCAAUCUCUAGGGUUUACGUUCGAAACCCUAAUUCCCAAAUCUGCACCAAUACUUAACUCUGUUGUACUCUCUUAUUGUUGUAUUCAAUCAGUUUAUCGAUCGCUAACAGGUUAUCAGUUCUGAUUAUUGCUGAAUUUUGAAACCCUAAUUUUGUAUUUUGGGAAUUUUAAUCGAAUUUAAAUCCAAAACAAUGUCUGAAGGGUAUGCAAUUGAGCUUUACUUUGAUCCAGCUCUUGAAAAUCAAGUUUUGAAAGCAUGGAAUGUUGUGGCUCGUAGACAAAUUAGUACCCACCUCAUAGAAAUUGAAUCCAGGCCUCACAUUACGCUGUUUUCGAGCCCGUUUAUUGAUCCGUCGAAGCUCGAAAACAUCGUUAAGUCUUUCGCUUCAAAGCAAGAUCCUUUACCAUUAUCUUUCGGGUCGAUUGGUAGUCUUCCGAACGAUAACAAUGUGCUGUUUCUUGCCCCGACCCCGACUUUGCCCCUGCUGCAGUUUCAUUAUCAGCUCUGUGAUGCAAUGAAAAGGGAAGGGAUUGAAAUUGGGGAAGAGUAUCGUCCGGAUUCGUGGAUUCCGUAUUGUCCUGUGGCUGAGGAAGUGCCGAAGAAUAGGAUGGCGGAAGCGUUUACGGUUUUGAGGGACUUGAAGUUGCCGGUUACGGGUUAUGCGAUGGAUAUUGGAUUGGUUGAGUACUCGCCUGUUCGUGAACUGUUUUCGUUUGUUCUUGGUAGCUCGUCGGUCGAAUCUUGAGGUUUGAUUGUUACAUGAUAUAUGUUUCUUUUGUGUUCAUGUUGGUAUUUGUUUUUGUGUCGGUGUUGAUGUUUUUGUUUUUGUUUUGCAUUUGAUAUUUUGAUGUGGUCUUUUGGUGUUGUAAAAACUUAUUGUAGAAUAAUAUUGGUUAUUUGUUUUCGACUAUAAUAGAGUAUAAUAUGAUGGUUAUGUUCUUGAAA